AAUGAACUCGACAAUAUUUCCGUCUUCGGAUUACGACUCGACAACAUGGACCAACUUUCCUUUUUAUAACUGCUCUGACUGCUUCGGUCCGACUGUUGUGGAAACAGAAGAUGAAGUUUUGAGUAUGAGCUUGGCUGAGGCCAUUACUUUUGCAAUCCUCAUGUCGGCCUGCAUCUGUGCGACUGUUAUUGGUAACAUUCUCGUUGUCCUCUCUGUCUUCACCUAUAGGCCUUUAAGAGGUGUACAAAACUUUUUUAUUGUCUCUCUAGCUGUUGCUGAUCUUGCGGUUGCUGGUCUCGUUAUGCCUUUUAAUGUAGCAAACUUUAUCUUAGGUUAUUGGGUUUUCGGUAGCGUUUUCUGUGAUAUGUGGCUAACUUUUGACAUUUUAACCUGCACUGCCAGUAUCUUAAAUUUAUGUGCAAUUGCUCUAGAUCGCUAUUAUGCUAUUCAUGACCCUAUCAAUUACGCACAAAAGAGGACACUGAAACGAGUCCUGAUUACAAUAUCAAUAGUUUGGGUGGCUUCAUCGAUCAUCAGUGUUCCUCCUAUUCUUGGCUGGAACAACAAAUCAGGGAGUUUACUUGAUGAAAAAACCGGUGUUUGUCAACUAACCGACGAGAAAGGAUUUGUUAUUUAUUCUGCUUCUGGUUCAUUCUUUAUACCAUUGCUGAUAAUGACAUUUGUGUAUUGCAAAAUUUUCAUUGCGACUCGCCGACGCCUUCGAGAAAGAGCGAAGGCCGCAUCAGCAGCUAAAUUUGCAGCAGCUACAGGUAAAAGUCUUCCCAGUAGUAAAACUACAGCUCAAGAAGCGAGUUCUACCGAAUCACCUGAAGAUACGCAAGAAACGCUCAAUUCUACUCCUCAGCCACAUCGUUCGAGAACAAAGUUACUCCCAAGCUCUGAUCAAAACAACACUGAACCUACUACAAAUACGUCUGCUGUUCAAGUUCACCAAUUCUUGGAAGAAAAGCAAAAGAUCUCAUUGUCAAGAGAGCGACGAGCAGCAAGAACAUUGGGUAUUAUUAUGGGUGUGUUUGUUCUUUGCUGGUUACCAUUUUUUCUCAUGUACGUAUGGUUUUCUUUUACAAUUUAA